CUCACACUCACACACACACUCACACACUCACACUCACACCCUCCUCCAGCCUCACACCCCAACCAUGGCUGCUUCCGCCCUGUCCACCUGCUCCAGCGACCUGAGCUACGGCAGCCGGGUCUGCCUGCCCGGUUCCUGUGACUCCUGCACCGGCUCCUCCUGGCAGGUGGACGACUGCCCAGAGAGCUGCUGUGAGCCCCGCUGCUGCGAGCCCCGCUGCCUGACCCUCCUCUGCGCCCCAGUGAGCUGUGAGCCCAGCCCCUGCUGCCAGCUGACCUGUGAGCCCAGCACCUGCCAAUCAGGCUGCACCAGCUCCUGCACAGCCUUGUGCUGCCCGCAGUCUAGCUGCCAGCCCUCCUGCUGCACCUCCUCCCCCUGCCAGCAGGACUGCUGUGCGCCCCUCUGCUGCAGGCCUGUGUGCUGCAGGCCCGUGUGCUGCACACCUGUCUCCUGCAGGCCUGUGUGCUGCACGCCCGUGUGCUGCAGGCCCGUGUGCUGUGAGCCCACCCCCUGCCCCUCGUCCUGCUGCAGACCCUCCUCCUGUGUGUCCCUGCUCUGCCGCCCUGUGUGCAGACCCGCCUGCUGUGCCCCCGCCCCCUCCUGCCAGCCCAGCUGCUGCCGCCCGGCCUCCUGCGUGUCCCUGCUCUGCCACCCCAGGUGCUCCCGCUCGGCCUGCUGUGUCUCCGACUCAGCCUAGAAGUCCAGCUGCUGACUGGCUAUACUGCCGGCCUCUCUCCAGCUUCUGGCUUUGACCCUGAGCCCAGCUGUCCUCUCUCAGGAGCCCCGGAGCCCCUCUGCUGGCACCAGGACCUCCCCUCUCUCGUUGGUGGACACACAGCUGCUGCCUAGAGGGGACCUGAACAUGCCACCCUCAAACCCCCCAGCCGUGGGGGGACUGCCGGCCCUGGGAGCCCUCUUCUGCAUGGUUGGGUUCUUAUAUUCCAUGUGUCAAAGGUCAA